GCGGUGGGGGUGGAACUUGCGGCCCUUUUAGGAGACAGAGGCGGGAGCUCAGAGUGGAAAGCGGGCGCCGGCCGGCCGGGCCUCGGCGCCCGCGGUCGACGCGUCACCCUCCGCCGCCCGAGCGCGCUGGGGCGGGGCCCAGCCGACCUCUGGCCUCUGGCCUCUGACCUCCGACCUCGCGGGGCGGGGCACCUCCGCGGCCGGGCGCGGUUUCCCGGGGACGCGUUUCCCGCCGCACCGCGGGCCGCCCGGACCGCCCUGGCGGAGGCACCUUCCGGCGGCCUCGGCGCGGAGCCCUGGGCCGGGCGGCGGCCCCGGCGUGGCGGCCUGCGGUCACCGAGGGAGCCCCCGCCGCGCCCUGGCUCCCAGAGGCCCGGCGGCGGUCCGGGAGGAGCCCGGGCCUGGGCGCAGGCUGCCCUGGAGCGGCCUCGAGGAGGGUAGCGCGUCCUCUGGCUUCGAUCCUGCGCUUGCGUGGACGCCCCGCCGCUGCGGCCACCGGUGGCUGAGCCCUUGGUCUCCCCCUUCAGUGUGGAGGCGAUGCCAAAGCUGCAGGGCUUCGAGUUCUGGAGCCGCACCCUGGGCGGGGCUCGCCACGUGGUGGCGCCCAUGGUGGACCAGAGUGAGCUGGCCUGGAGGCUGCUGAGCCGCCGACACGGGGCCCAGCUCUGCUACACCCCCAUGCUACACGCCCAGGUCUUCGUCCGCGAUGCCAACUAUCGGAAGGAGAACCUGUACUGCGAAGUGUGCCCCGAGGACCGGCCUCUCAUUGUGCAGUUCUGUGCCAAUGACCCAGAGGUGUUUGUCCAGGCGGCUCUCCUGGCUCAGGAUUACUGUGAUGCCAUUGACCUGAAUUUGGGUUGCCCACAGAUGAUAGCCAAGCGAGGUCACUACGGUGCCUUCCUGCAGGAGGAGUGGGACCUGCUGCAGAGAAUGAUUCUGCUGGCGCACGAGAAACUCUCUGUCCCUGUCACGUGCAAAAUCCGAGUCUUCCCGGAGAUUGACAAGACCGUGAAGUACGCCCAGAUGCUGGAGAAAGCUGGCUGCCAGCCUCAAGGUCGGGUUGGUGCCCGCCCGCCCGUCCCUGACACGUUUGGAGCCGGGGUGCUGCCACUUCCGGGAAGACCGGCCCAUGAACGGGCUGGGCCUGUCCGCUCUGCAUGCUGCGUGGAUCCAUGGGACAUGGCAGCCCCGGGCAGCAACCCACCAGUUGCAACCCAGGGGACUGGGGGGCAGGCACCGCGUGAGCCAGGCCCGGGGUUCGGUUUGGGGUCUGCGGCCACGAGCAGGGUGGAGCCGUGCACCACUGUGUUCCAGUUGCUGACCGUGCAUGGGCGCACCAAGGAGCAGAAGGGGCCCUUGUCGGGCACUGCGUCCUGGGAGCACAUCAAGGCCGUGCGGAAGGCAGUGGCCAUCCCUGUGUUUGCCAACGGGAACAUCCAGAGCCUGCGGGACGUGGAGCGUUGCAUCCAGGACACGGGAGUCCAGGGGGUCAUGAGUGCAGAGGGCAACCUGCACAACCCCGCCCUGUUUGAGGGCCGCAGCCCUGCCGUGUGGGAGCUGGCCGAGGAGUACCUGGACAUCGUGCAGCACUACCGCUGCCCGCUGUCCUACGUCCGGGCGCACCUCUUCAAGCUGUGGCACCACACGCUGCAGGUGCAUCAGCAGCUCCGGGAGGAGCUCGCCAAAGUGAAGACCCUGGAAGGUGUUGCGGCUGUGAACCAGGAGCUGAAGCUGCGGUGUCAGGAGGAUAUAUCCAGGCAGGAGGAGGGAGAGAAGCCCUCUGGCGGCUUGCCUUUCUUCCACUGGAUCUGCCAGCCCUACUUACGGCCAGGGCCCAGGGAAGGGAGCAAGGAGAACGGGGGUGCCCGCAGCAAGCGGGCCCUGGAGGAGGAGGAGGGCGGCACAGACGUGCUAUCCAAGAACAAGCAGAAGAAGCAGCUGAGGAACCCCCACAAGACCUUCGAUCCCUCGCUGAAGCCAAAAUACGCAAAGUGUGAUCAGUGUGGAAACCCAAAGGGAAACAGAUGUGUGUUCAAUCUGUGCCGGGGCUGCUGUAAGAAGCGAGCUUUCAGAGAGGCUGCAGACUGCCCAGGUCACGGAUUGCUUUUUAAAACCAAAUUGGAGAAGUCUCUGGCCUGGAAGGGGGCCCAGUCCCGGCUGCAGGAGCCUCAGCCAGCAGGAUCUGGGGAGCCAGGCAGCCUUCCCGAGGUUGUGGGCAGUGCCCUGGCCUGAGGGGCCGCUGGAGCCCGACGCACUGCCCCACCAGGCCCCAGGACUGUUGCUGAGACCUCAACAUGUCCCACUUGAGGAAAUGCCUUUACUCAGGGAAUCUCCCGCCUCUCAACACAGAAGGAUGAGCUGGUCUUCCCCUCGGCCCUACGCUGGGAGCCCGGAAAUGCUGCACCAGGGAGCAGGCUCCCAGGCUGGACCUGCCCCCUCCUUGCAACGUGUGUUCAAAAGUGAACAAUAAACCCUUUCAACAAUGAUGCAUGUUUAGAGAGCCGGAGACGGUAUGUGAAGG